AGAAGGACAGCUAAAUUCACCGGAAGUUACAUUACAGUAACGCCAAAAGAAGUAGAAAGCUAAAACAAACGAAGUUUGAAUCCACCAUCUCGGUUUUUCUUCACCCUGCUGCUCUGCUAUGCGACACUGGUUCAUGUACGGGCCGCAGAAAAUAUACAUAAAAAUGUUCCUGUAUGUCCUCGGACUGGUGCCUCUCUGGUUCACCUACCGCUGGUACAAGGAAAGCAAAAAAGUGCCAAACAAGGAAGAUAAGUAUGUCUACAUCACUGGCUGUGACACUGGGUUUGGUAAUCUCCUCGCGAGACACCUGGACAAGCUGGGCUUCCCUGUGAUCGCAGGCUGUUACACCGAGAAGGGUGAGGAUGAGCUGAAGAAGAUCGCCUCCGACAGACUGACGACCGUUCACCUGGAUGUCACCGACUCUGAAAGUGUCGGCAAAGCAACAGCUCUCAUCAAGACGUUGGUUGGACAGAACGGCCUGUGGGCUGUUGUGAACAACGCUGGAGUCGCUCUGCCAUCUGGUCCCACUGACUGGCUCACUAUAGAGGAUUACAAGGCUAUGCUAGCUGUCAAUCUGUGCGGUGUGAUCGAUGUAACACUGAGCGUCCUCCCUCACAUCAAGAAGGCUAGAGGCAGAGUGGUGAACGUCGCCAGCGUGUUUGGGAGAAUCAGCCCGUUCGGUGGACCCUACUGCGUGUCCAAGUAUGGAGUGGAGUCUUUCAAUGACAGUCUGCGGUUAACCAUGGCACCAUUUGGAGUCAAGGUGGCAUGCAUUGAGCCAGGCUUCUUCAAAACAAAUGUGACUGAUACAAUGAUAAUGAAAAAUAACCUGAGGAAGCUCUGGGAAAGACUACCUCAUGAUGUGAAAGAGGACUAUGGACAAGGUUUCUUGGAGACAUCUCUUGAAAAGUUGGAUGAAAGGUUUAAGCAGUUGACUGACGCGGACCUGAUGAAGGUGGUCUGCUGUAUGGAGCACGCCGUCUCGGCCGUUUAUCCUCGCACUCGCUACUCUGCUGGAUGGGACGCAAAGUUCUUCUGGUUGCCUCUGUCGUACAUGCCAACCUGCAUCUCUGAUAGACUUUUCCUCAAAGAUGGCGUCAAACCAAAAGUCUCUGCAAUGUAGUUUCUGUCAAAUCAGCUAUUGGAGAAAAAUGUGAAGAUAACUUAUUUGUCUUUUCCUUUUACUGCAUUAAAUAUUAAAUAAAACAUAAAAGUUGA